AUGAAGAACCGAUUGAAGAGGAUAUACAUUUAUAUAAAGUCGAAUUUGAACAAUAUAUCAUCCAUAGCAAGCAUAAUUUGUCUAAUCGAUUGUGUUUUAAUUCCUCUUAUUACUGUUGUGAUAUCUAUCUUUAAUGUAGUUAACAGUUCUGGAAAUGGACACGCAAUAGAGGAUCAUUCGGAGCAUUCACAUCCUGAUGGAUGGCAUGAAAUAGUGGAGAAGGUUGCCUUAUACAUUAUGACACCCAUAAUUUCGAUGACAACCAUUUACAAUUUUGUUCAGCUAAGAAAUGUUCCACUGCUACUGUUCACGCUCGUGGGGCUUGCCAUGUUUGUGCUUUCGCACGCACACAUCAAUUUUAACAAUUCCAGUGUAAAUAAUUUGUUCAAAAAAAUGCACAUUCCAAUGGCCAUAUUAGCAGCCAUUUUUUUAAUAAGCUCAAAUUAUAGAGCUCAUGAACUUUUGAAGGCCAAAAAUUUACAUCGAUGUUGUAAACAUAAAAAAGUAACAAAUCAUAUGGAUGAACAAACAUGUGAAGAUCAUCAUGAACAUUACGAUUUGGAAAUGAAUGGGCAUGAUUUUGUUAUGCAUGACCAUGUUAGAAAAUUUGAAAAUUUUUACAAUAUUGGAUACACGCAGAAUAGCGAUCAUGAAUUAGUGAGUUUUUUAUGA